AUGGAUCAUGAAAGCUGUUUUUCAAGCAAAUUCGAUGCAAAAACCACUUUAAACAACGAUUAUGUAUCAGAGAAUCUCGCCUCAUUUAGCGUACCGUAUUUUGAAACAAUUGAUGACUUUGAAAAACAUCUACUGGAAACAAAUGAGACACUUUGCGCAGAGCUGCGGUCGCUUGAUUUACAGAAUAUUAAAAGAACGAAGCUUUUGACUGGUAAGAAAAGAGAAGAACAGCUGAAAGAGUUAUGUGCCCGAAGAACAAACCAAUCUUUGUCAACAGAGGUAACAGGUGGCGUUGAAAAAAAGGAACAUUUGCUACGGAAUCCAGUACUGCCAUGUAUUGAAUCAUCCGUUGCCCCCCGCCAAGUACUAGAAAAACUUAAGAAAAAACGUCCCACAAACGACGUCCUAAGCAAAAUGAAAACUAUGGAAGGUCCUUUGGCAAAGCUUCGUGAAUGGGUCAGGAAUCGUCAGCGAAUUAGGAUUGUUCUUCGAGGACGUGGGGCACCGAAUGCCAUUAUAACUGCAGUGGUCAUUGCAUUUGACAAACAUUGGAAUCUUAUUUUUCGGGAUGGUAACGAGAUGUUUUUACCACCUGCUAAGCUGGCAAAGGAAAUCUCUGAAAACGACCUCAAGAAGCUAGAUAAGAACUACAAGAAAAUGGAAGGAACAGUGGCCGAGACUUCAUUUGGCAUUGUCGGAAAAUCUAGAAAACUAUAUUCAAGACAUUUGAUAUGCUCGAUGAUUAGAGGAGAAAACAUAGUUGUUAUACAGCAAGCUUGA